GGUCGAUAACUUCGGAAAUUGUGAAGAAAAGGUAUAAAUACAGGUGAAAAUGUAACAAAAGUUCAAUAUUCAGAGCUUGAUUUCCAAUCUCAUUAAGCCAUCUUCUUUACCUUUUUUAUUUUUUGGUCUUUUUGCCCAUCGACAAACAUUAACAACAACAACAAGAUGGACGCUAUCAACAACAGUUCUAACAACGGCAACAACUCAUCUCUUGUCAACAAUGCUCCUUCCAAGCCAACUGUAACUACUAGCGGCGCUUCCUGGUACCAACCCAAACCUCCUGCCAUGUGUGUUAUUGCUUAAGCGACAUAAAUUGAUACUCAGUAUUUAUCUUUUUGUUGAAAUUUCCAAAGAUUCUAUAUGUCACUUUUCGUGGAUAUCUCUAACUAGCCUUUGGGAUACCCAGCUUUUUUAAUGUAGUUGUCCGUUAUUUAUAAAAUCUUUUUUUGAAUUAAAUUGAUGUAAACUUUGAAGUUUUUACCACUCACUUAAAACAACUUGAAAAUCA